AUGGUUCCCAAGAUCACAAACCUCUACGCCAUCUGCGGCCUCUGCACCCUUGGUGGCUUACUGCAGGGCUUUGGCGUCUCGUCCCUCUCGGCCAUUUUAGCAACAUGGCAGUACAAGGACUAUUUCGACAACCCAGAGUCGGUCACUCAAGGUGGCAUCAUGGCUUCGUUGGCUGGCGGAUGCUUGCUUGGUGCGCUCGUCUCGUCGUAUAUUGGCGAUCACAUAGGUCGUCGAGACUCCAUGAUGAUUGCCUGCGUUAUAUUUAUUGCAGGUUCCAUCGUCAUGUGCGCUGUUCAAGACAAAUCUAUGCUCAUCGUCGCUCGAAUCAUCAAUGGCUCCGGCGUUGGCCUACUCACCAGUCAAGGUCCCAUUUACAUUGCGGAAAUGAGCCCGUCUAAUAUGCGAGGUCGGCUCAUCGCCAUGCAACAAUGGAUGAUAACUUGGGGCAUCCUCAUCAUGUAUUAUGUCUCGUACGGAGCCUCCCGCAUCGACUCUACUGUCGCUUUUCGGCUCCCGUGGGGCCUGCAGAUUGUUCCUGCCCUGACCCUACUCUGUUGUCUACCCAUGAUGCCGAGAUCUCCACGAUGGCUCGCUACCAAGGGUCGCUGGGAUGAGGCACUGGAAGUGUUGGCCAUGGUUCGCGCCAAGGGUGACAAAAGCGACCCGAAUACUCUUUCUGAGUUGCAAGAUAUCAAGGACAGAGUUGAGCAAGAAAAUAGUUACAAGUCUACCUCUUGGGGCGAGUUGUUCAACCGCCGCAACAUUAUCCGCCUCCAUGUCGCCUGCUUCACCCACAUUUGGUCGCAGUACAGUGGUGUCAACGCUUUGAUGUACUACAUUGUCUACAUUUUUCAGAUGGCCGGACUUUCGGGCACCACAAACCUCACCAUUUCCAGUAUUCAAUACGUCAUCAACGUUGUCAUGACAGUGCCGACGCUGCUAUAUUCUGACAGAUUUCCCCGUCGCAAGGUCAUGAUGACUGGCAGUCUCCUCAUGGCCAUCUUGCAUUUCACCAUGGCCGCCGUCAUGGCUACCAACGGCCACCCCGUCCCCGGCGGACUCGAAGGCACGCCAACUGUUACCUGGACACUCUACGCUGGCCGCGCGAGCCAGGCUAUUAUCGCCUGCAGUUACAUCUUCACCGCCACAUAUGCUUUGACCUGGGGACCUAUGGGCUGGAUAUACCCCUCGGAAAUUAUUCCGCUCUACAUUCGAUCAAAGGCCGUGUCGUUGGCCACUCUCUUCAACUGGGGAUGCAACUUCAGCCUGACCUUUUUUACUCCGACGGCAUUCCGCAAUAUACAGUGGCGAUUUUACAUUAUUUUCGGGUCAUUUUGCGUUGGCGCCUUUGUUCACGUCUUUUUCUUCUUUCAAGAGACACAGGGCCGAUCUUUGGAGGAAAUGAAUGACAUUUUUGACAACAAUACCUUUGCCUUUGGAAAGAUUCGAAACGACAGCCACGAUUUCCGAAAGCGCACCAACUAUGAUACCACAGGGCGCGUGCCGACUGCAAAUCUAUGA